UUAAACAAAUUUAGUUUUACCCUGUUGUUUAUAAUUAUUCAGAUUUAAUUAUGGAUUUCCAAAACAAUCCAAACAAUUUUAAUUUGCUCGGAAAAGAAAAAGUUUUUAAAUUUGUAAUUUGUAGUGAAACUAGUUUUUUGUUUAAUUCAUAACUUUUUGGAUUUUCACGUCCCAACGAUAACAAUUUAUAUCCAAACUAUUCAUCAAGGAAUUUUGGGAAAGCAUUGAAAUAGCAGUGCAAGUGUGAAGGUAACGAUUAUACAUUCAACAGAAAAUGUCAUGUGAACUUACAAGUAAUGCUAAUCACACCAAGUCUUCAAAAUGGGGGCUGUUCUUCGUGUCGGUCACAGGAGGUUUGGCAACAGUUUUAAGUGUAAUAUGUAUACCCUUUGUCAGUCCAGCUUUGCGGAAAGUAUGUCUUCCGUAUGUACCAGCGACGACGAAACAAGUGGACAAUAUAAUAAACGCAUUAUCAGGACGAAAAGGAACGCUCAUCGAUCUUGGGAGCGGAGAUGGUCGCAUAGUUCUUGCUGCAGCUAAAACGGGUUUCCGAGCCUAUGGUGUAGAGCUGAACCCUUUUUUAGUCGCUUAUUCAAAAAUGACAGCCCUCACUCAGGGACUUUCAUCAAACGCUUCUUUCUUUAGAGGAGAUCUAUGGAAAUGUAAUUUAGCAAAUUAUAGUAAUGUUGUUAUAUUUGGAGUAUCCCAAAUGAUGACGGAACUCGAGAGUAAAUUUCGCUUCGAAUUAGAAACAAACACGUUCAUAAUUGCCUGCCGAUUUCCGCUACCAAAUUCAAAACCAUUGGCAACAAUUGGUCACGGAAUUGACACAGUUUGGGUGUACAAAAUGCCAUUGGAAAAUAUAGACUCGUAAUUUUGUUUAA